AUGGCUCUAAUGCGGAAGCACUUUGCAAGCAAUACUCCUGUGCCAGAUUUUCCAUAUGUUAAGAGACUACUUCCAUUGAACUCAAAUAGGCUGGCAUUAUCUUGUAAGCCAUCAAUUGUCCCUGGGAUACAAUUUCCAGAUCUCCCUUCCCUCAACAGCUAUUUGAGACACUGGGCAACUCAUACUGUUACUCAAGAUAAGAUUCUUUACACAUGGAUCAAUGAAAAAGGAGACAAGGUAGCUCAGAGAACAUUUAAAGAAAUGGAUACAAAUGCUUCAGUCAUUGCCUACAAGCUCUUAACAAGCCAAAAGCCAACUAUCAAUCCUGGUGAUAAGGUUCUCUUAGUCUAUCUCCCUGGCCUUGAUUUCGUUGAUGCCUUCUUUGGGUGUUUGAGAGCUAGAGUUGUCCCUGUACCUGUCAUUCCUCCUGAUCCUCUGCAAAGAGGAGGACAAGCACUUCUCCAUAUCAGCAACAUUGCAAAAAGGUGCAAUCCAGCUGCAAUCCUAUCAACUUUUAGUUAUCAUCUCACUGUUCGUGCAGCUUCUGCAAAGAACAUGAUUUUAUUGAAUGGGAAAAGCAAAUCCUCUCUUCACUGGCCCAAUCUUCCAUGGCUUCACACUGAUGCUUGGAUCAAGAAAUCCAUAAUUUCUGCAGAAUAUAAUGACAUGGAUGAUCUCAGUGAACCUAAAUCAGAUGAGUUGUGCUUUCUUCAAUUCACAUCAGGUUCCACUGGGGAAGCAAAAGGAGUCAUGAUCACUCACGGUGGGCUAAUCCAUAAUGUGAAACUUAUGCGAAGAAAAUACAGGAGUACAUCAAGGACCAUACUUGUAAGCUGGCUGCCUCAGUACCAUGAUAUGGGACUGAUUGGUGGACUUCUUACAAGUAUGGUUAGUGGGGCAUAUGCCAUUUUGUUCUCACCAAUGACAUUUAUCAGGGAUCCACUGUUGUGGUUGCAGGUUAUCAGCAAAAAUCAUGCAACUCAUAGUGCUGGACCAAACUUUGCCUUUGAACUUCUUGUUCGAAAAUUAGAAUUGAACAAGGUACAGAAUUUUGAUUUGUCCUCCUUAGUUUUCCUCAUGACUGCAGCUGAACCAAUUAGGCCGGCUACUUUGAAACGAUUUAUUGAGCUGACUCAGGCUUUUGGACUCUCCCAAGAGGUAAUGGCUCCUGGAUAUGGCUUAGCAGAAAAUUGUGUAUAUGUGUGCAGUGCAUAUGGAGAGGACAAGCCAAUUUUGGUUGAUUGGCAAGGACGUGUUUGUUGUGGUUAUUUCAAUCCAAAUGAUAAGGAUGUGGAUAUCAGAAUCGUAGAUCCUGAGACAGGUAAAGAGCUUGAAAAAUCAGAAAAUGAAGGGGAAGUUUGGGUUAGUAGUUUGAGUUCUGGAGUUGGUUACUGGGACAUGAAGGAGCUAAGUGAAACAACAUUCAGAAACAAGCUUGACAACCACUCAGGAAAGCUAUACCUGAGAACUGGAGAUCUGGGGCGAGUUAUUGAAGGCAAAUUAUUCAUUACUGGAAGGAUAAAAGAUCUAAUCAUCAUCGCUGGACGAAAUGUUUAUUCCUCAGAUAUUGAGAAAACAGUUGAGAGCUCAUCUGAAAUUCUUCGUCCUGGCUGCUGUGCUGCUGUUUCUGUUCCAAGUGAGAUCUUAUUGGCAAAAGGCAUAUCUGUUCCUGAUGUUUCUGACCAGAUUGCCUUGGUUGUCAUUGCUGAGGUUCGAGAAACUAAGUUCUCGUCACAGGAAGUUGUUAAGAAGCUUGAAACCCGUGUGGCAGAAGAACAUGGUGUCAUUGUCGCUGCAACUGUACUGAUCAAGCCAAGGUCCAUCAGCAAAACUACAUCAGGAAAGAUAAGGAGGUUUGAAUGUGCCAAAAAGUUCAUCGAUGGGACAUUGAGUGUAAUAGUUGAGCCAGCAAGUAGAGACAACAAAUCAACUCCUAAGUCUAAAAGAAAUUCAUCACAUCCUCAAAAAACAAGAGAUCUUUCUUCAACAAUGGGUACUGUCAGUAAAAAAGACAUUAUAGAAUUUCUCAAGGGGCUGCUAUCCGAGCAGACUGGAAUUUCUAGUGCUAAGAUCUCCACCACUGAGAGUCUUGUAUCCUAUGGUGUUGAUUCCAUUGGUGUGGUACGAGCAGCUCAAAGGCUUUCAGAUUUUCUUGGAGUUCAAGUUGGUGCAAUCGACAUUUUUACUGCAACUUGUAUUGAUGACUUGGCGAAUUUUGCUGAAAAUCUUUUAGUCAAAUCCCGCUCUAUUCCUACUUUGCCUGGUUCUACCUUGCCUGGUUCAACUGCUACACAAACAGUACCAAACCGAGCUGAAGUGGAUUUCAAAGUUUCAGAAUCACAAAAGUUGAUUAUUUGGAUAGCCCAUCUUAUUGCUCUUGCUUAUAUUUCCUUGUUGCUGACAUGUCCUGCAUACUUGUCAGUUCGUGGUUAUACAGUUCUUGUCUCUUGGACACAUCCAUUACUUCAAAGAAGUCCUCUGAUUGGAUACUUAAUUUCCCUUGCAUUUGCUCCUCUAUCUUGGAUAUUCUGCAUUUGCUCGACCUGCUUCUGCAUAGCAUUGUUUGGGAAUUCAGUUUUGCAGCCAAAUUAUUGGUUGUCUCCAGAAAUUUCAAUUUGGUCUCUGGGAUUUGUUAAAUGGUGGUCACUUUACAAGGCUCAAGAAGUUGCUUCAAAAAUUUUAGCAGUACACUUGAGAGGAACAGUUUUCUUAAAUCACUGGUUCAGGAUGCUUGGAGCUAAGAUUGCAACAUCUGCUGUGAUUGAUACUAUUGAUAUCACAGACCCAUCUUUAGUCUCUAUUGGAGAAGAAGAUGUUAUUGCGGAAGGUGCAUUGCUUCAAAGUCAUGAGGUGAGAAAUGGGAUCCUAUCAUUCUCUCCAAUCCGAAUGGGCCAAAAAUCCUUUGUCGGUCCUUAUGCUGUAAUUCAGAAGGGAAGUAUUAUCGGAGAUGGUGCUGAAGUGUUUGCCCUGCAGACAUAUGAAGGCAACGGAGACUGUAAGAACUCAAGUGCCAAUGUGGUCCAAAAGAUAUACACAUGUUAUCCUGAUGACAUAAUGGCAGAAAAUGUUGGAGAGAUAGAUUGA